AUGCGAUUAUUGGUUGUGCUCCUCUUUGUUGCCAGCGUGGUACGGGGGUUCUACCUCCCCGGGGUCGCGCCCACCGACUACGACAAGGGGCAGCUGAUCCCCCUCCUCGUCAACCACUUGACGCCGCUGCCCCACGACCCCAAGAACACCGAGAAGACCUACGUGUAUCUGUACGACUACUACUACCCCAAAUUCCAAUUUUGCGUGCCUGAAGAAGGCCGCCAGAAGCAGCUGGAGUCGUUGGGGCUGGUGUUGUUCGGUGACCGUAUUUUCAACUCGCCCUUCAAAAUUAACAUGUUGGAGGACGUUAAGUGCCGCAAAUUGUGUUCGACCAAGUACCUGGCGGAAGACGCUCGUUUCGUAUUGCGUAACAUUCGCGCCGGCUACCGCCACAACUGGUUAAUCGAUAAUUUGCCGGUGUCGCCUCUGGAGGACUUGAAAAACGACCAGGUGCUCUACGCCAACGGGUUUUCCAUCGGUAACCCCAACACCGACCCCGCCAGCUUGUUCAACCACUACGAUCUCGUCGUCCAGUACCACAAGCGUGGCGACAAGUACCGGGUGGUCGGUGCCUUAGUCCGUCCCAGAUCCAUCAACAACUUCGGCAAGCAAGAAAACGACGACACUUUCUGCGACGACACUGAACUGCCGUUAGAACUCUCGAAGAAGGAAGAGACUUCGAUCUACUACUCGUACUCAGUGACUUUUGAAGAACUGGCCACCCCUUGGGCCACCCGCUGGGACAACUACUUGCACGUGUACUCGCCCAAGAUCCAGUGGUUUGCUCUCGUCAACUUCUCCCUCAUGGUGGUGAUUCUCGGCAUCAUCAUCGCCCACAUCUUCAUGCGCACGUUGAAGGCCGACAUCGACAACUACAACGACGUCAACUUGGACGACGACAUUGCCGACGAGCUGGGGUGGAAGUUGGUCCACGGCGACGUGUUCCGCCCCCCUGCUAACCGCAUGUUGUUGUCGGUUCUCUUAGGGCUGGGGGCCCAGAUCUUGAUCAUGAUCACGUUGACGAUGGUGAUCUCGUUGUUCGGGCUCUUGUCGCCGCUGAACCGCGGGGCGUUGCUGACGUUCAUGUUCAUCGUGUUCAUCUUGACGGCGUUCAUCUCGCUGUACAUCUCGGGCUACCUCUACCGGUUCUGGGGUGGUGACAACUGGAAGAUCAACACUAUCCUCACUCCUACGUUAGUGCCUGGUUUAGUGUUUGCUGCCAUCAUCGGGCUCAACUUCUUCCUCGUCGCCGCCCACUCGCUGGGGGCGAUCCCGUUCACCACCAUGCUUGCCAUUGUCGUCAUCUGGUUCGUGGUGCUGAUCCCGCUCUCGAUCUUGGGGCUGAUCAUGCAACUGAAGCGCCCGCUUUUGAGCACCCCCGUGCGCACCAACCAGAUCCCUCGCCAGAUCCCGCAACAGCCGUGGUACCUCCGCUUCGGGCCCAACAUCUUGAUCGGGGGUUUGUUCCCCUUCGCCCUGAUAUUCCUCGAGCUCAUGUUCAUCUACAAACUGUUGUGGUUCAACCGCAUCUACUACAUGUUCGGCUUCUUGUUCUUCUGUUUCAUACUCAUGAUCACGUUGACCGGGCUUAUUACCAUGCUCAUGAUCUACUACACCCUCUGCUUCGAGGACUACAACUGGCAGUGGAAGUCGCUCAUCAUCGGCGGCUCGUCGGCGGUGUACAUGUUGUUGCACGCGUUGGGGUUCAUGUGGACGAAGAACUUGUCCGGGUUGUCGUUUGUGUUGACGCUGGGCUACGCCGUCGUGUUGCUGGCGUUGGCGUUCUUGUGCUGCGGUUUCGUCGGCUUCUCGUGCUGCUUGUUCUUCAUCCGCCGCAUGUUCUCCCAGAUCAAAGUCGACUAA